AUGGAUCAGAUGUAUUCUGCACAGAGGAAGGUGUGGGCGAGCAGGGGUGAGGAACAUGAAGCAGGGACGAAGGAGUUUAUUGAGUUACUCAAGACUCUUGAAGCUGAGCUUGGAGACAAACCUUACUUUGGUGGUGAUAGAUUUGGCUAUGUAGACAUUGGGUUGAUUAGAUUCUACACGAUGUUUCCGGCAUACGACAAGUUUGGUAACUUGAGCAUCGAAUCGGAGUGUCCGAAACUGAUCGCUUGGGGUAACAAGUGUCUGCAGAGAGAGAGCGUGGCUGAGUCCUUGCCUGAGUCUGACAAGGUUACUAUAUUUAUCUCUGAGUUCAGGAAGAUAAGUAUGGUUGACAAGUAA